GUUCAAAUAUUCGACUUGGAGUCCGCCGGCGCCGGCGUGUCGACGUCGGUGCCGCCGUUUUCAUGGAAGAAGCUGUGGCUGUUCACGGGGCCAGGGUUGCUGAUGAGCGUGGCGUUUUUGGACCCAGGGAACCUGGAAGGAGACCUACAAGCUGGUGCCAUUGCUGGGUACUCUUUGCUUUGGUUGUUGGUGUGGACAACCAUCAUGGGGUUGCUGAUACAGCUUUUGUCGGCGAGGCUUGGGGUGGCGUCGGGGCGGCACCUGGCGGAGCUGUGCAGGGAGGAGUAUUCGAAUUGGGCGAGGCUUGUUCUGUGGGUGAUGGCUGAGUUGGCAUUGAUUGCUGCUGAUAUUCAAGAGGUUAUUGGAAGUGCCAUUGCUAUUAAGAUUCUUAGCCAUGGGAUUGUGCCUAUUUGGUUUGGUGUGGUAAUCACUGCCUUAGAUAGUUUCGUCUUUUUAUUUCUCGAGAACUAUGGAGUUAGGAAGUUGGAAGGUGUUUUCGCGGUUUUCAUUGGAACUAUGGCCUUCUCUUUUGCAUGGAUGUUCUUUGAUACAAAGCCCAGUGAAGAAGAACUUGUGAUGGGUAUUUUGAUCCCAAGAGUUAACUCAAAAACACUUCGCCAAGCUGUGGAAAUUGUGGGUUGUGUUAUUACCCCACAUAAUGUAUUCCUCCAUUCUGCAUUAGUACAAUCAAGGGACAUUGAUAUCCGUAACAAAGGUCAGGUUCAAGAGGCUAUCAACUACUACUCGAUUGAGUCUUCAGUUGCACUUUUAAUCACCUUGGUGAUCAACCUAUUUGUGAUAACUGUUUUCGCUAGGGUGUUCUAUGGUACAGAACAAGCCACAAGCAUAGGAUUAGUAAAUGCAGGGCAAUAUCUUCAGGAAAGGUAUGGUGGAGGUUUAUUUCCAAUUCUCUAUAUAUGGGGUAUUGGUUUAUUAGCUGCUGGACAAAGUAGCACCAUUACUGGCACAUAUGCUGGCCAGUUUAUCACAGAGGGUUUUCUGAAGCUCAAUAUAAAGAAGUGGUUGAGGGCAUUGAUCACUCGAAGUUGUGCAAUUGUUCCAACUAUGAUUGUAGCAAUUGUUUUUAAUACAUCAGAAGGUUCAUUGGAUACCUUGAAUGAAUGGCUUAAUGUGCUCCAAGCAAUACAGAUUCCUUUUGCACUUAUCCCUCUUCUUACUUUGGUGUCCAAAGAGGAGGUCAUGGGGACCUUCAGAAUAGGGCCUAUAGUAGAGAGGGUGUCUUGGACUGUGGCUGUUUUGGUAAUAAUGGUUUAUGGAUAUAUGCUAUUAGAUUUCUUCCUCUCAGAAGUGAAGGGGCUGUUGUUUGGUUUUUUAGUCUUCCUUGGUGCUGCAGCAUGGAUUUCAUUUAUUGCAUAUCUGGUUAGACAUAGUGGUGCUAUUACUUCUAUCCUGGUGAGGUCCCCUAAUUCUAAAGGCUUCUUCUCUCUUGCUGGGAACUAA